CAAGAUCGCACUUGCUAGCUGCUCGUACGUGCGUUACAAUCGCCACUAUCGUAGACGCAGUUGGUGUGAAAACGGAGCUUCGCUCGCGUAGAGUUCGUCGUCAUUUCUUUGGAACAUCCAUUCAUGGCAACUAUGGGACUUCAUCGCAAGCUGCCGAUAGUCGUUCCCGCUAUUUUUGCGCUCCUGUUUAGUGGCCUUAACCGACUGGUAUCAGGUGAUCAGGAGCUACUAAGGUCAAGCUCACCGAAGACUUCGUUUUCUCUUGAAGAGCUAAUGCUGCUUUCCGACGUUGCGGAGAAAGCUCAAAAGAAAGGUGCCAAUGAAGAAGAUCUAGCAAACGUCUCCAACUUUCAACAUCGGUUGAGACAAGUUAUUCAGACUGCUCGAGUUGCCGCAGGCAGCGGACAGAGUACAGGAUCAGACGUUCUUGAUCAGACGAUACGACAGGUUCGAGCAAGGAUCAAUGCGAGCGGCGGAACUGGGUCGGUAUCGGACACAUCCAUUUUUGAUGCUGCACUCAAGGCGAUUGCGGGAAAUGCCGGUUCGGGCAGUAAAUCUUCUUUGGACAGCUCAGCCCUUGUAGACACGAUCGUGAAUCAGCUAAGUCCAGAUGCUCCAACAACACCUUCACCGGCCGACAAUUCGUUUAUCGGUGGGAUUCUUCGCCAGCUAUCUAACAACGAUAAUGGAUCUGGACGGGCCAUUUUCGACGCUGUGGUCAAACAGUUAGUAUCAACUACUACGACAACUACUACGACUACAACUCCAAAACCAGAAUUUCUCGAGGGACUUGUGCGUGCCUUUUUAGGACGUAGGACACCACAGGAGAUUGAAGGGCGUGCUAAUGGUGGCAGAACGCCCGCUAGCCCCUCGCCUUCAAUGCCUGACCCGACAAAUUUACUUGAGGGUUUCAAAAAUGUUCUCCAGCAAAUUCAGGGCAGACAAGGUGGAGACGAAAAUGGCGGGCCGGGCGGCAGUCAAGGCUCAACGGGACCUCUGCUUCUAGAGACCUUCAUUAACCAGCUCAAGCAGCUACAAAAUAGAGGCGCAUCCUCUCCCGAUCCAGGUAACAUUGCGGGUAGCCCCUUCGGUGAAUCGACGCCGGACCUUACAUUCCUUCAAAACCUAGCAAAACAGUUUCAGUCUAGGUUGAAACCCGGAAAAGUGCGCGGACAUUCGGUGGACUCUGCAACUCCUGCACCGGCAGACGCACCUAUUGGGUUAGAAGGUUUUGAGGGUUUUAUUCCCGAGGGUAGAAAAUCGGGUGAUGUUGACGACGCAUCACAGCAGCCAACAUCACCGGUGUCGCAACCUUCAAGCGCGGGAUCGCAGAAAUCUCUUUCCAGCGUUGACCCAAAUCAGCUUCUUGGUGGCUUUCUCCGCCAGUUAGGUGACAGUACUCAACAGGCCGGCGGAGGGCAAAGUGUACUGCAUUUCCUGACAGGUUUGAGUGAUAAACUCCGCAAUACUGGUCGCUGACUAUAAAUGCAGUUUUAAACUCAAGUUGCCACUUCCUGAUUUAGGGGUCUGAUUAUUAUUCACUCGAUAACAAAAAAAAAACCCAAAAGCGAGAGUACAUUGUAAGUAGUGGACUCAAACAAUGAGGGAAUUAAAUAAAUACCUUGCUAUACUGUUCA